AUGAGACCUGAGAACCAGAGCAGUGCAUCCGAGUUCCUCCUCCUGGGGCUCCCCAUCUGGCCAGAGCAGCAGGGCGUGUUCUUUGCCCUGUUCCUGGGCAUGUACCUAACCACGGUGCUGGGGAAUAUGCUCAUCCUCCUGCUCAUCAGGCUGGACUCUCGCCUCCACACCCCCAUGUACUUCUUCCUCAGCCACUUGGCCUUCUCUGACGUCUCCUUUUCAUCUGUCACUGUCCCAAAGAUGUUGAUGAACAUGCAGACUCAAUGCCAAUCUAUCACAUAUACAGGGUGCAUUUCACAGGUGUAUUUCUUUAUAUUCUUUGGUUGCCUUGACAGCUUUCUUCUCGCAGUGAUGUCCUAUGACAGGUAUGUGGCCGUGUGUCACCCUCUCCACUACACCACCCUCAUGAGGGAUGAGUUUUGUGUCAUCCUAGUGGCUGGGUGCUGGUUCGCCUCUUGUGCCCACGCUCUGUUGCACACCCUCCUCGUGGACCGGUUGAUGAUGCCAGAGAACUUCACUUGAGCCAGGGGUGCCCCUACUGAGUUCAUCCUCCUGGGCAUCACAGAUCGCUGGGACCUGCACGUGACCCUCUUCCUGAUCUUCCUGCCCGUCUACCUGGUGAGCCUGCUGGGAAAUGUAGGCAUGGUGCUGCCAGUCUACGUGGCUGCCCAGCUCCACACACCCAUGUACUUCUUCCUGGCCAACCUCUCCCUGCUGGAUGCCUGCUAUUCCUCAGCCAUCGGGCCCAAGAUGCUCGUGGACCAGCUGUUGCCCUGCAUCACCAUCCCUUACGCAGCCUGUGCCCUCCAGAUGUUUUUGUUUACAGGGCUGGCAGAUGCCAAGUGUUGCCUGUGGACAUCCAUGGCCUAUGACCGCGAUGUGGCCAUCGGAAACCCUCUUCUCUACACCACCGCCAUGUCGCGGCGUCUGUGUCUGGUCUUGCUGGCAGCAUCAGGCCUGGGUGGGGCAGUGAGUGCCGUGGUCCACACGACUUUCACCUUCCACCUGAGCUUCUGCGGCUCUCGGGAGGUGAACACCUUCCUCUGCGAUAUCCCUCCACUGCUGGCCAUCUCCUGCAACGACACCAGUCUCAGUGAACUCCUCCUCUUCAUCGUCUGUGGCUUCAUCCAGACAGCCACCGUGUUGGCUAUUGCUGUGUUUGGGUUCAUUGCCAGAGCUGUGAGCGGCAUGCACUUGGCCAAGGGCCGGCGACGAGCAGCCUCUACCUGUGGCUCCCACCUCACAGCCGUGGCCGUGCUUUACGGGACACUCAUUUUCAUGAACCUGUGCCCCAGCUCCAGCUACACCCUGGACACCGACAAGAUAGCAUCUGUGUUCUACACCCUUGUCAUCCCAGCUCUCAACCCGCUCAUCUACAGCCUCUGCAACAAAGAGGUCAGGGAGAUGCUCAGAAGGAACUGGAAGCACUGCUGCUGUCCGAGGCCGGCGCAUGAGUGCGAGGUCCGAGAGGCUGGUUAG